AUGCCGGUGCAAUCAACCCCAAAUCCGUGGCUUCCCGAUGAUUUGCUAUUGCUCUGCUUUGCAUGCGUCUCUAGAUUGAACUAUCUCACUCUCUCCCUCGUCUCCAAGCGUUUUCGAUCUCUCCUUGCUUCACCUGUUCUUUACAAGAACCGGUCACUCUUGGGCCGUACCGAGACUUGUCUCUAUGUGCUCUUUGAGUCCAGUUCUCGUUAUGACUGGUAUACCCUAUGCCUGAAACCUAAUGAAACCCUAACUUGUGACACAAGCGAGGAUAAGAAGAAGAAGAAGAAGAAGAAGAAAAAGAAGAAGAAAAAGAAGAAGAAGAAGUCAAGUGGGUAUGUUUUGGCUAGAGUCCCAAUUCCAAGCUCUCCUCGUGUGCGCUUUCCGGGUCUCGUGGCGGUUGGUUCUAAUAUCUACGGGAUUGAAGAGGGCUCCUCUAACGUCUCUAUUCUAGAUUGUCGGUCUCAGACGUGGUGCGAGGCUCCAAGUUUGCCGGUGAAGCUAUCAUCACUUUCCGCUAGCUUUCUUGAUGGAAAGAUAUAUGUAGCAGGAAGUAGCUACAAAGACGGAGAUUCUGGUUCCUUAAAGAACACGUUUGAGGUUUUCGACACAAAAACACAGAUUUGGGACCCUGAGAGCAUCGACCCUUGCAGCGAGAUACAAUGCAAAUUUAUUAACUCGAGAAGCACAUGUAUUGACGGAAAGUUCCACGUGAUGCAGUAUGGCGUAGAGGGGGUUGUUUACAACUCUAAGGAAAGUGGAUGGGACUUGAUUGGACCACAGAUGGGUAAUUAUAUGAUUUGGUAUUCUUAUUGCGUGAUAGAGAAUGUUAUGUACUUUUUUUUAUACGGAGUGUUGAGUUGGUAUGACACUGAGGUAAGCAAGUGGAUAAGUUUGAAGGGUUUGGAUGGACUACCUAAGCUCCCUAGUUUUUUUGGCGCUCCUGUUAGAUUGUCUGAUUAUGGUGGAAAGAUGGUGGUUUUGUGGAAAGAGAAUCAUUAUAAAUUGAGGCGAAGUGACGGCCAUGGGAAGAUUUGGUGUGCGGAGAUUGCGCUUGAAAGACGGCAAAAAGGAGGUGAGAUUUGGGGGAAUGUUGAGUGGUUCGAUCAUGUGCUCACAGUCCCACAAUCAUGUAGUCUCGUCAAGGUUCUUGCUGUUACUGUUUGA